UGCAGAUUGUGCAUUGGUUCCAAAGAGAGAAGCUCUGCGCGUUCAUGUACGGUAGGUACCUACCUAGGCAUUGCGGGAAGCUGAGCUAAAGCACGGAGUUUUAGAAGCCAGACGUCAUCGCAAGCUGUCAAACAAGUUCCCGAGACAAGAGACUGAUCAGAGAAGCCGGCGUUUUGUAGCACAUUGCUUUCUGCAAUCUACUUGCAUCGAGCCUUCCAGCUCUACUUCAACACAAUCCCGCUGGUUCCUUCGAUUCAGUGUGGUGGUUGGCUCUUGUGCAAUAGCAAGUAUUCAAAGCUCUGAAGUACGUGCAUUCCUUGUUCUUGCAACCCUUUGUGUUCGUGACUUCAGUGUUCAGCAUGGCUCCAACUACGCCUUUCGGGGAUUCUGCAACAGCGCAGCCAGCAGGUGCAGCCAAUGGGGCCAAGCGCACCACCGAGAUCUCUGGCUAUGAAAGCGCAUAUGCGAAAUCAUCAUCUAGUGGCAGUGUGGCCAUUGCCCGCGUGUACGAGGCGAUUCAGGGGCACUGGUACAGUGCCUGCCUCGGCGUUCUGCUGGAGCUGAACAUUGCGGACAUCCUUGAAAAGGAGACCCAGCCCAUCUCUGUUGAGGAUCUGGCCAAGAAGUCGGACGUGUCUGCACCUGGAGUAGAGUACUUGUAUAAAGUGCUGAGGGCGCUAGCGCAAUGGGGGAUCCUGGACGAGGAGGCAGGCAAGAAGUUCUCGGCCAAUGACUCCACCCGGCAACUGGUGCGUCCCCCCGGCCAGCCGACGCUGGGCCACUUUGCACACCACCAGAUCAACCAGCCCAAGUGGGACGCCUGGAAGGUCCUGCCCGAGGCAGUGCGGCUCGGCAAGACGCCCUUCGCGGUGGCGCACGGCACCGACAUGUACGGGUAUGACAACAAGCCCGAGAACGCGGCGUUCCACGAGGAGUUCAUGCAGUCAAUGACCUACUUCACCAAGCACAGUCUCGACGAGGGGGGCCAGGUCACGCUUAAGGAUGUGUACGACUGGAGUCAGGUCGGUACGGUGAUGGACGUGGGUGGCGCGCGUGGCGAGCUGCUGAGCCGGUGCAUGCUGUACGCGGGGGAGAAGGCGCGGGGGGUGCUGCUUGAUCGGCCCUUCGUGGUCGCCAGCGUCGACGUAGACGCCACGUUCGAAGCGAAGGGCGUAAAGUCCGCGCGCGAGCGGCUGUCCCUGGUGGGCACGGAGGAUGUGCGGACGCCCUUCCCGGACGCCGUCAAGGCCGCCCACGUGGACACGAUCAUCAUGAAGCAUUUCUUGUCCGGAUUCACGGACGACGACGCCCGGAUCGUGCUCAAGCAUUGCGGGGAGGUGCUGGAGCCCAACGGGAAGGUGCUGCUGCUGCAGACCCUCGUACCGGAGGCCGGCGAUAGGACCAACAAUGUCUGUGAAGACGGAGUGGCCCCGGGUCUGUUCGCGAUCGAGAUCCUGGCCAUGUGCCCGGGCGGCUCAUGGAGGACGCGCAGCGAGUGGGAGGAGAUCUUCGGGUCGCAGAGCUUCAAGCUGGACAGCAGCAAGCCGGUGGGGCCCAACAUGCACCUCAUGGUGUGGAGCAAGCAGUAACUGCGAACAACUGCGUGACGGUACGGUCGAAAGUUUUGAGGGCUGUUGGAGCGGGGACGGUUCGAUUGCUUGGAAUCGAGGGGUUAAGCGAACGCGGUUGAGGGUAGACUAGGGGGGCCUGACUGUGACUCUUGUGUGAUGGAUAGUGAACGAAGAUCCAGGACGUCAACUGUAGGGGAGUCGAACAAGCCAGGUGUCCGUUAGGCGAUUGAUUCGUCGGAGGGAGAGCGCCGAAAAGAACUUUUACUUGUGAAGAAUUUUAUUCAGGCACGUGUUGAUGGAAGUCAAAAGUAAGACGAGGACCGACAGCCUGCCAAUUCCUGGGUCCCCGCUGAGGUCAUUAGCCUGCGGACAUGUGCCUUAUUUUUGCCGUGACAUCUAGUGAACGACGGGCCCUCCUUGAGUGCGUCACCGACAUCGGAUAUCGCGUUAUUGCUUUUCUUUCUAUUUGAUGCACGUUCUCAUGACAUGAAGCAUCGA